AUGGUAUAUAGCAGGAGCCCGGCAGGUAACACGCAGCUGUGUGGUGGCGACACCAUGCUGGGCCUCUGGCUCCUGGGCUGCUGGGCUGUCUUGGGCUCUGCCUUCGCUGGGCAGGAAGGCUGCGGGAUCCCCGCCAUCCCUCCUGAGGUCAGUGGGCUGUCCAGGGUGGUCGGUGGGGAGGACGCUGUCCCUGGCUCCUGGCCCUGGAUGGUGUACAUUCAGUACAAAGAUGGCAUCUACUUCUGCGGUGGCGCCCUGAUCAGUGAGGAAUGGGUGGUCACUGCUGCCCACUGUAUGGUCACGACAGCUGACAAGGUGGUGGCAGGGGAGUUUAAUCUGGAUUCUGAUGAGGAGGAUGUCCAGGUCUUGGACAUUGCAAAGAAGGAAGCGUCUGGAACCUGCAGGCUGCAGACAAGCUGCUCCCAGGCUAUCCCACGCCACAGCCAGGACGGCGAUGUGCCAGUCACAGCCCUGCCCUCCUCCCAGCCAGGCCAAGCCUUCGUGCCCAUGGGGACUGACCACGAGAGAGUGCCUGCGGCACACUACUUCCCUGUACCCCCAGAAGGCCUGUCCCCUUCCUAG